AUGAUACAUGGUGACCAUUACACCAUAAUGGCGAUUAUGGUGGACUGUAAUUUGUUUCAACAGUUCAAAUUACUGUUUGUGUUGAAGUGUCUACCGGAGGCAUUGAACGUUUGUCCACAUCCACUAGCCAUGUUGACGGCCGAUCUCUCAGACGACGGCUUUGAGGACGUUCACUUCUGCUGUUCCGGUCGUGAACCGUUUCAGGCCCACUCUGCUGGUGUUUUUGCCGGCCUCAAUGGAUGUAGGGGUUGGGAGCUGGGUCUUCUGGCUGCGAGCCGCCUCUUUGGAUAUACUGUGGAGAUACUUGAUGGGGAUUCGGGGUCUGGCAACCGCUUAGAGGAGGAAGACGGGAGCGGUGUCAUAAUGAAAUACUUCGAGGUUAUGGUACUUUCCAACUCAAGUAACAAAUUACAGAUCAACUUGGCCAUCAUCAUCAUUUCUAAUGCGUUUGGUACCCCCACUACACCACUUCUCCAUGUGCUCAUGCCG